GGGGGGAAUCGUCCGAUGACAAUCAUAAUAGUUUUCUAUCGCGUGUUGUGAAACAAACAUCAGCAUGUUAAGGGACUUCUACGCAUUUAACAGGCAAUUGAAAACGGGGAACUAUCCUAGCGUGGAGAAAGUCUCUAUAGCGGUGGAUAAACAGUCAAUACGGUUUUCUCUGUGUUGGAGUAGACUUAUCAGCAAGAUAGUCUGAUGUACCUGCUGGACAACUUACUCCCUGCCAAGCACCUUCUACACAAACAACAGCAGCAUGCCUGUAGUGUUGAGUCUGACUGAGUGUUUUGAGAGUGCCCUCUCUCUGUUGGAGGGUAAACUGCAGUCUAUGGACACAGCACCACUACCAGACUGUAUCAAGACUGUUCCCCUGAGUGUGGAUAAACACAGAGAGCUGAUGACGAGCGUCCUCGUCGACCAACGGCUGACUGAGCUACAGCUGAAGGGCGGGGCCUGGCUGGCAGGGCUGACCACAUCAGGACUUGCACAGCGAUCCCCAGACUGCAGGGCUGCGACCUCUAACCUCUAUGAUAGUGUGGACAACGCCCUCCACCGCCUCAUACAUGUGUCCAAUCACAGAGGCAGCGACCUGGAAGUCCUCGGUCGAUUGGCUGCCAUGGUGGACCAACUGGAAAAGCUGAGUUCAGGGAGGCAGUACGUGGCCGUGUUAACGGGUGUGGAGGAGACCUACCUGCCCCUCUUGGAGGGUCCAGACCUCCUUUUCCACAACUUGGCCAGCUUCAGCGCCUUCCACUCGCAGUACCUCCUCCCAGCCAUGGAGGGAGCUCUACUGCAGAGUCUGCUGAAACAGGACCUCUUCAGUAAACGUGUGAGUGGUCCCCUACACAGACUGGAACAGUACUGUGAUGUUCUGGAGGAGCUGGGAGGGCUAAACCACUCCUAUGACUCCUUCCUCUCUGUCCUCAGACACGCCCAGCACCACGGUCCCGGUGGCGGAGCGUUGAGAGCUGGUGAGUCAGGUGUGUGGGAGGACCAGGAGGAAGAAGACCGGGGUGUGUUCCUCUAUCAACCCCUCAUCGUCUUCACCAAGCAGAAGAGCCUGGGACACACCGCCUACAGCUUCAAACACAGCACCAAGGUUACCGUGGACCACAAUCCUACAGAGAGAUCUCUGACACUCAUCAGAGGGAAAGAGAUCGAGAGCCAUUGA